AUGAAGACCUCUGGAGCCUGCAUACUGUUGUGUCUCUUGGCACUCUCCCUGUCACCAGCUGGCUGGUUUCCACGGGUGGUCAAUGGGCAAGACCUGGAAACUGCAACUGGUGAAGUUAGCACCAGCUCUCUUAUCAGCCCCUCCGCUGCAGCUGUCACACCGCCUGUGCUGCUGAGUCCUGUUCAGUCUGACAGUGAAACUACAACGGUUUCAUCAGACUGCCGUGAGGAGAAGUUCCCCUGCACACGCCUGUACUCCGUGCACAAGCCAGUGAAGCAGUGCAUCAGCUACCUCUGUGUCACCAGCGUGCGCCGCAUGUACAUCAUUAACAAGGAGGUGUGCUCCCGCAUCGUCUGCAAGGAGAACGAGGUCAUGCAAGAUGAGAUCUGUCGCCAGCUGGCUGGGCUUCCUCCUCGACGGCUGCGGCGCUCGGGGCAGCCCCCUGCCCUGCCCUGCAGGCAGCUCCUGGAGCAGCAGCGCCGGGGGCCUGCUGCUCCCUGA